AAUAUUAAUGAGACAAGCUCUUGUAAAUCUUGGCCAAACACACAGAUCUUCACAAACGUCGAUCAGAGAGUCUGAUAACUACGACGGUUCAUCAUGGCAGAUGAAAAGGUGAAGAAGUCAGAGGGCAAACAAGUCGAGGGAAUCUUUGGGUUUGGAAAGAAGGAUAAAGACAAAGACAAGGACAAGAGCAAAGACAAGAGUGAUGAUAAGGAUAAAGAUAAGCACAAAGAUAAAGAACAUAAAGACAAAGACAAGAAGAAGAAGAAAGACAAGGAGCACAAGAAGAAGGACGGUGACAAGUCCUCGUCUUCCUCCAGCGAUUCGGACUGAAGAUUCAUCUGAUACCUCCAAAAUCAUAAUUUAAAAUCUUUAUUAUAUGAUUUUUGUAGAUGUAUAAAUGCAAUAUUAUGCAAUGCAGGGGGUAGUAAUAAAUAAUAAUUAAUCUCUUGAAGUUUUCAUAAAGUUUUUGAGCUGUAAUUACAAACUUCCACAAGGUGGCGCUACUUACAUGCCAAAUCUUCAGUGAAGCACUGGAAUAAAGAGACCUAUCAGCUA